AGGUUUCUUUUGAUGCCAUGAGCGAAUCUAAAGACGUAUUUGCAGCAGCGUCUGAAGUGACAGGAAGAGCUAUGGAAGCAUUUUUCAGUUACGUUCCUGGUGGAAGCUACUCAUUUCUCCUUAAGUGUGAUAGAGCAGUGGUUCGAGACCUUGGUGUUAUCGCAGUAUCACUGUACAGCAUUUACAAACUAACUCCAGUAUUAGAACGAACUAUAGAAGGCGUUGUUAAUAGAUGCCUGGAGCAUCCAAGAAGAGAUCAAGGUAUAUAUACGAUAUAAUAACUAUACAAUAAAAUGAAACUGAAUUUAGUUUUACAGGAUGGCAUAUAUGUUCAAAAUCAUUCUUCCUGCAGGUUAGUAAGGGCCCUCCCUUAUUGCUACGGUAUUAUCUCUGGAAAACUAGAACUUCUGAUUGCAAUAUUUACUACAAUAAAAGUGAAUCACACAGAGGGAAUACGGUUUUUGGUAGAAGAGAAAUCUCAAUCAAAUAAUUUUAUUAUUGCAAACAUCGAACGUCACUACUCACAAAUGUAAAAAGCGCAUGACUAACCACAGUGUGUCCAAGAUCGCGUGUUGUAACUUUAACCAUUCUAUCUCUUAGAUCCUCCAAAGACAUCGCCUGGCUCCUUACAUGUCAAACUACGGUGUUUGACGGACGAGAGAUUUCUGGAGGUGUGGCGUUAUUAUAAAUCUGGAAAAAUGAAAGAACGGUUGCAAGAGGAAUUCUCCAAGAGUGGAAUUGAAGUAAAAGGAUUGAAAAUUGAAAUCGAAAAUUUGGAGAAAGUCAAUGAAACCAAGAGAGCCAUUGAAAGCAGGUAA